UAUACAAAAAGUGUGGAAAUUUCGGCAUAUUGUCGCAAGUGUGCAUUGCUCAAAAUGUUCAACAUAUGUCGACAUAUAUCAAAAUUGCAUCCGUUUAUCAAAAAGAAGAAUAAUAUACGGAGCAGUUCAUUUCUACUUAGUUUUAGAAACAUGUCUUCAAAUUAUUUAAAUACUUCGGAUAGCGGUUCCACAGAUUUAAAUCUUAAUGCUGCCGAAAAAUUAGAAAAGCACUGCUUUGCAAGGUUUGAUGACAUAGAAAAAUCGCCUCAAGAUGUGCGAGAAUACCGUGGGCUUCAUUUACAAAAUGGAAUGAAAGUACUUUUAAUAAGUGACAUCAACACAGAUUUAUCUGCAGCUGCAUUAAGUGUACAAGUGGGGCAUAUGUCGGAUCCUGAUUAUCUACCAGGAUUAGCUCACUUUUGUGAGCAUAUGCUUUUCCUCGGCACUGAGAAGUAUCCUGAUGAAAACGGUUAUACGACAUAUCUGUCUCAAAAUGGUGGAAGUAGUAAUGCGGCCACAUAUUCGUUAAUGACGAAAUAUCAUUUUAAUGUUGCCCCAGAUAAGUUGGAUGGUGCUUUAGAUCGGUUUGCACAAUUUUUUAUAGCACCACUUUUUACGUCAAGCGCUACUGAUCGUGAAAUUAAUGCGGUAAUGUAUACAUAUUAGCUAAUACUAUUAUUAUUAA